GCUCCGCUGGGGUGCGAGGCGCAGAGGGGCAAAUCCGAUCACGCCGAUCCAUGAAAAUGCUUUGGAAACUGACGGAUAAUAUCAAGUACGAAGACUGUGAGGACCGUCACGACGGCACCAGCAACGGGACUGCACGGUUGCCCCAGCUGGGCACUGUAGGUCAAUCUCCCUACACCAGCGCCCCGCCGCUGUCCCAUACCCCCAAUGCCGACUUCCAGCCUCCCUACUUCCCCCCGCCCUACCAGCCCAUCUACCCUCAGUCGCAAGAUCCUUACUCCCACGUCAACGACCCCUACAGCCUGAACCCCCUGCACGCCCAGCCACAGCCGCAGCACCCGGGCUGGCCCGGCCAGAGGCAGAGCCAGGAGUCUGGGCUCUUGCACACGCACAGGGGGUUACCCCACCAGCUGUCGGGCCUAGACCCUCGCAGGGACUACCGGCGGCACGAGGACCUCCUGCACGGCCCACACGGGCUCGGUUCCGGGCUCGGGGACCUCCCGAUCCACUCCUUACCUCACGCCAUCGAGGACGUCCCGCACGUAGAAGACCCGGGUAUUAACAUCCCAGAUCAAACUGUAAUUAAGAAAGGCCCUGUGUCCCUGUCCAAGUCCAACAGCAACGCCGUCUCCGCCAUCCCCAUCAACAAGGACAACCUCUUCGGUGGCGUGGUGAACCCCAACGAAGUCUUCUGUUCAGUUCCGGGUCGCCUGUCGCUCCUCAGCUCCACCUCGAAGUACAAGGUCACGGUGGCGGAAGUACAGCGGCGCCUCUCACCGCCCGAGUGUCUCAACGCCUCGCUGUUGGGCGGAGUGCUGCGGAGAGCGAAGUCUAAGAAUGGAGGAAGAUCUUUAAGAGAAAAACUGGAUAAAAUAGGAUUAAAUCUGCCAGCAGGGAGACGCAAAGCUGCCAAUGUUACCCUGCUUACAUCUCUAGUGGAAGGAGAAGCAGUGCACCUAGCCAGGGACUUUGGGUACGUGUGCGAAACUGAAUUUCCUGCCAAAGCAGUAGCGGAAUUUCUCAACCGACAACAUUCCGAUCCCAAUGAGCAAGUGACAAGAAAAAACAUGCUCCUGGCUACAAAACAGAUCUGCAAAGAGUUCACUGACCUGCUGGCCCAGGACCGAUCUCCCCUGGGGAACUCGCGGCCCAACCCUAUCCUGGAGCCUGGCAUCCAGAGUUGCUUGACCCACUUCAACCUCAUCUCCCAUGGCUUCGGCAGCCCGGCGGUGUGUGCAGCGGUCACCGCCCUGCAGAACUAUCUCACCGAGGCCCUCAAGGCCAUGGACAAAAUGUACCUCAGCAACAACCCCAACAGCCACACGGACAACAGCGCCAAAAGCAGUGACAAAGAAGAGAAACACAGAAAGUGAGGCUCUCCUCCCACCCCGCGCCCACCCGCCUCACCGGCCCGCGCCCCCACUCGCCCUUCCCCCACCCGGCAGGUGACCGCUCCGGGACCAGUCACUCCUAAUGCUGCUGCUACGCCGCGCUGCCGCGCCGCCCCUCGUCCCCGGUCCUCGGGACU